AUGUCCUGCUACGACCUGUGCCUGCCCUCCUCCUGCGGUCCCCGGCCGCUGGCCACCAGCUGCAACCAGCCCUGCUUCCGCCGCUGUGGGGACUCCACCACCGUCAUCCAGCCCCCCACUGUCAUGGUCACCCUGCCCGGGCCCAUCCUUAGCUCUUACCCGCAGAACACGACAGUGGGAUCCACAGCAUCGGCUGCCAUCGGGAACUACCUGCGGUGCUGCGGGAUCCCCGUGGGCUCCGGUGGUCCCCGCGGGCUGGGGAAGGCAGGACUGCUGUGCCUGGGCAGCAGCGGGAUAUAGGGGUCUCUGUGAUGGUCACCUCCUGCUGAUGCCAGCGGAACCUCUGCAUCAGGAAGGAGAAAUGAAGAACAGGACCAAGACUGGGGAAGAGGACUAAGGAAAUGCCCGUGGGUUUCCCAGCUGGGAGGGGGGGAGCUGCAGACCCCCACCAGGAGGAAGGGAUCCAUGUGAGCUUGUCACCGUGCCUAUGUAUACCUUUCUCUCACUAAGCCUUGCUUUAUAUUUCCAUGUAUGUGUCACACCCUGCGGGCUACACAGCAUUUGCUGCUGGCUGGGCAAAAAUGCUUAUAGCAGGCUGUAGGUGGAAGAUGAUAGCCAUGGGGCAGGGGGCAGAGGAAAAGCCUUGUAGGGAUCAGCUUGUCCUGGACUGGGGUUUAUCCAUUUCUUUCCCAAGCACUGGAAAUGCACUUCUCAUACUCUGCACUGAU